AACUAUUGCUCAUUGUAACUUCUAAGAAAGGGAUUAGUACCAAUAUGAAAAUUGGCGCCUUGUGGUAUACCUUCCAUAAAUUUUUAACAAAAAGUUCAGCGCAGAAAAAUCCUGGAAGAAUGUGACCAUGAAUUAUGCAUAAGCUCAAACUCAACAUCCUCUUCCACCCUUUAAAACAGCCGCCAUUUCGCCACUCCGCCGCUGCUGCCGCCACCACCAAGUCCUUCAACGCCACCCUCCAGCGCCUUUCCUCAGAAGGUUUCCACCAUCAUGCUUUACUCACAUACAACUCCAUGCUCAAGUCCUCUGUACCUCCUGACCCUUUCACUUUCCCCACUCUCCUCAAAGCCUGCAUUUCUCUUAACCUCCUCCGGCACGGUCUUUUGCUACACCAACACGUGGUCGUUAAUGGAUUUUCUUCUGAUUCUUAUAUUGGAUCAUCCUUAAUCAGUUUUUAUUCCUCUUUUGGGAUUACAGAGGGUGCACAGAAAGUGUUUGAUACAAUGCCUGAGAGGAACAUUGUCCCGUGGACGACUGUUAUUGGGUGUUAUGCACGAACUGGUGAUUUUGAGCAUGCCUUUUACCUGUACAAUUCUAUGUUACAUGAAGGAAUAAAACCGACUUCUGUUACCUUGUUGACUCUGCUUUCUGGAGUAUCAGAGAGCAUUCAUGUGGAGUGUUUGCAUACUUGUAUAGUAAAAUAUGGUUUUAUGGGUCACAUUGCUUUGUUGAAUUCUAUGUUGAAUGUGUACGGUAAAUGUGGCAGAAUUGAGUAUGCUAGGAAAUUAUUUGAGUGGAUGGAUGAAAAAGAUAUUGUUUCUUGGAAUUCUUUGGUUUCAGGGUGUGCUUUAGUGGGGAACACAGAAGAAUUAUUGACGCUUAUGUACAGGAUGAGGUCAGAAAAUUCAUGGCCUGAUCAUCAAACAUAUGGGGCGUUGGUUUCCGCAAUUGCAAAAGAUGGUAGUGCUGAAUUUGGAAAAGUGGUGCAUGGACAGAUAGUUGCUGCUGGAUUUGAAUUAGAUGUUCAUCUUCAGACAUCACUUAUGUUUAUGUAUUUAAAAUGUAGGAACAUGGAUUAUACGUUUAAGAUUUUUGAGCGAGCAAAAGAUAAAGAUGUUGUUUUGUGGACAACUAUUAUCUCAGGACUUGUUCAGAAUGAACGUGCAGAUAGAGCACUUGAAGUGUUUCAAAGCAUGUUGUGUAGUAGAAUUGAACCUUCUACAACUACCAUAGCAAGUGCACUUGCAGCUUGUGCUCAAUUAGGUUCAUUGAAAGUAGGAACUUCUAUACAUGGCUAUAUGUUGAGGCAAAGAAUGGCCAUUGACACUCCUGCCCAAAAUUCUCUUAUCACUAUGUAUUCAAAAUGUGGCUAUUUGAAGCAAGCUCUUAUUGUUUUUCAUAUGAUAAAAAACAGAGAUGUGGUCUCCUGGAAUGCAAUUGUUGCAGGGAAUGCCCAGAAUGGGCAUUUAUCAAUGGCCUUGCAUUUGUUUAAUGAAAUGAGGAUAGCCCAUCAAAGACCUGAUUCAGUAACAGUGGUUUGCCUUCUUCAAAUUUGUGCCUCAAUUGGAGCAUAUCAGCAAGGGAAGUGGAUCCACAAUCUUGUUGUAAGGAGCUAUCUUGAACCUUGCGUUAAGAUAGGUACAGCUUUGGUUGAUAUGUACUGCAAAUGUGGUGACUUAGACAGUGCGAAGAAGUGUUUUGCCAGGGUCAUAGAACGUGAUCUCAUUUUAUGGAGCACAAUUAUUUCUGGAUAUGGCAGUCAUGGCAAAGGGGAGACUGCCCUGGCAUUGUAUAUGGAGCUUGUGCAAAGUGGUCUUACACCAAACAGUAUUAUUUUCUUAUCUGUUCUUUAUGCAUGUAGUCAUAAUGGACUUGUGGACCAUGGUUUGAACUUGUUUGAUACUAUGGCAAGGGAUUUUAAGAUUGAACCUGAACUCGAACAUUGUGCAUGUAUAGUUGACCUACUUUGUCGAGCCGGUAGGGUGAAAGAUGCAUACAACUUCUAUAAGAUGAAAUUUCCAGAACCAAUGGCCAAUGCUUUGGGUAUAAUUCUUGAUGCUUGCAAAACAAAAACCCUGGAAGAACUUAGGGAUGUCGUUGCCAAAGAAAUCUCAGAGUUAGAUCAUGAGGACGCUGGAAGGUAUGUGCAAUUGGCUCAUAGUUAUGCUUCAAUGGCCCAGUGGGAGGGCGUUGGUAAGACCUGGGUCCAGAUGAGAGAACUUGGGCUCAAAAAGCUUCCUGGUUGGAGUUUUAUUGACUUACAUGGAGUAAUAACAACUUUUUUUAUGGGCCAAACCUCUCAUCCUCAGCAGGAAGAUAUAAUGUUGGUUCUGAAGAAUUUAAGUGAGGAGAUAAGUGAAAGGGUAAUCAUGUCAAACACAGAGGAUAUAUCAUAAGCGCUUAUGAACAACAUCUUCCAGUAAAUGUCACUUUGUUCAGUAUGUCAUUGUGGUACUAGAUAUUGAACAAGGAAAUCUCAGUUUAAUCUGAGCGCAAGCAAGGAUUCCAGGAAGUGUUACAACUACUAACUGCCAAUCCACCGAUGGUGAAAAGGAAGGUACCAUUCUAGUCUGCAUAAGAGUCAUAAUCCCUUGACUAUCUGCUUCACCUCAAGUGUUAAUCUGAUUUUAUCUUUUGAUAUUUGCUCAAUUGUUUAUUGUCAUUGAAAUUCAUUGUCAGAAUUGCCUAGGGAGAUCUUGUCAGUGAUAUUCAAUUCCAACUUUCCUCCUGCCUCCAAUCCACUGACUCUUCCUGCAGUCACUCGUUAUUCUAUGCUUGUCGCCUAUGACCUCCUUAAGGAAUCUAAGACUUAUCUUCUGUUAAGGAGCAGUUGGUCUAACACUAUUAUAUUAGGUAAGCACGUUUCCUCCAUUGUAUCCUGCUAUAUGCUUACCAAUCACGCUUGAAGAGAAGAAAACCUUCUCUCAGUCUGCUAAUUAGCCAGCAUUGUUGUUAUUAUACAUAUGCUCCAUUCUGACCUCAUGUUCUAAGCUAUGUUUCAGUACAACAUAUUGAUUAUCGCAUACUUCAUUGCUACAAGUUGAAAUGGCAGUACAAAUGUUUGAAUUGGAUCUACCAAAUGGGACAAGGGAAUUUCGAAAGAAGCAACCGAACUAGGUUGAUGCACCUAUUAGUGAAAGAACCCGAGGAAACUUGUACCUUAA